AUGGGGAGAAAGACCAAAUCCCCUGGGCAAACGUUACUCACCGCUUUGCCGUUCUCCUCCGAGAUCAUGUCCUACAAAGUGCCCGGCGACUUCAAAUUCCCGGAACAAGCCACCUUCGACGGAUCUGGAGACCCACGCGAGUAUCUACUUAGCUAUCAAGCCAAGAUGCAGGUCUUGGGAGUUCGAUACCCGGUGAUGUGUCGCGCCUUCUUGCCCACGCUGAAAAGCUCGGCACAAAGGUGGCUGGUGGCGCUGCCUCCGAAGUCGAUUCACAAUUUCGAGGAACUGGCCUACUGCUUCAUGAGCCAUUACGCGGCCAACAUCAAACCACAAAAGGAUCUGACUCACCUGGGAGACGUCCACCAAGAGGAAGGCGAGUCUCUGAAAGCCUACUUGGUUCGAUGGCAAAAGGAGAUCCAGUCUAUCGAGGAGGUUGAAGAUCAGACCGCGCUUACUUUCUUCAUCGAGUCCUUGCGAUCCGGGCAACUAUACCGGGAUCUAUGGGAUAACCGCCCGGCUACCUACGCAGAAGCCAUACACAUGGCCAAUAAAAGGGCUAACACGGAGCAGGCCAUGAAGCAUAAACGAGAACGCGAAGUCGGAGGAUCCGUUGGCGGAAAGAAGACCCGCGCAGAAAUCAAGGAAAGGCGGCCGGAAGGGGCUCGGCGACCCGACGCUAGGCGUCCCUACGACAAACCUAUGGUUCAUCCCUAUAGGGCGGUUCCUCAACACCCGGUACACGAGGUUCAAGCGAUUGCUCCACCUCCGCCCCCGCCGACUGACGAACGUGUGGCGAAUGAAGAGACAUGUAAGAGUUCUAAGUACUGCCGCUAUCAUAAAUCUUACACUCAUAUCACGGAGGAGUGCUUUUAUUUGAAGAAGGUCAUGGAAGGAAUCAUCCAACAAGGGAACCCGCCUCCUAAUCAGUGGAGACGAAGGUCAGUCGCACGGGAGGACGAUGAUCCCGCGAUCGCCGCCGAGAAUAGCCACGGCAAACGUCCGGCCACUGAGGAGGACGAGGCCCAGUGGCGUCAGAAGCCAGUUAUUAAUAUGAUAGUCGGCGGACCGGAAGGCGGCGACUCGACGAAUACCAGAAAGGCCUGGGCUUGA